AUGCCACCUCGUUUUUUGUUAAAUAUACCUUUAGAAAAAUCUUCACAUUAUCCAUCACAGUCUUGCAAAUCACUUAUCGAUUUAGGAGGAUCUAAUGUGACAAUUUUGAACAAUACAAUAAACCAUCUUAAAACAUAUCAAAAUUUCUCAGGUAUACUCAAAUUGGCAUAUCCUGGAUCCAUACAACCGUUGGAAAAUUUACUUCUAUCCUCUUGGGGUAAUGUCGUUAUGUCUGAACAGUUCUUCCCACAUUUAUCAAUGGAGAACCCGCCAUCCAUUCGUCAUCCUUUUGUUUACGAAAACUGGAAAUCUCAAUUAUCAUUACACGAGUCCAAUACCUUUGGAAUGACGAUUGAUAAACAUACUAUAUUCGAAACAUCUAAUCCCCUAACAGAAUCUGUUAAACAUUUACCAGGGAUUACUUAUGAAAGUCGAGUACUUGGCCAUUUUCAAAAUCCUGAGUUGUUUCAUUCACCUGCUUCACUACCGAAACUGACUCCAUCCCCAGACGUUAAGAAUAGAUCUCAUUUGUCCAGUAUAAACAAUAAACCAUUGGUUCUGAAUAUUUCUAAUCCCAGAUUUCCACCAAUAAAUUCAUCCAAAUCGACGACUACCAAUGAUUUUAGCGGAUUAUGGCCGCCAAGUAUCUCACUGUCCAACCGUAUUAUCAACAAAAAUAAUGAUGGUUCACUGAUAUUACAAAAUGAUAGUUUCAUUCCCAAGGCACUGUCUGAUCAACAGGAUUUUCGCAUUCCAACUAGCAUAAUCAAUGAUCAAAAAGUUGUUCAAAACCCCUCAUCGAUCUGUCUUGCAACAAAUAAUAUUUCUGUAACUAUUUCCCCUGCCUUACCAAACCUCAUAACUUCGUCUGCAUUUUGUUGUCCAACACGUUUCAUUCCAGAAAGUGUAAAAACAGCUGUAUCAAAUCGAACAUUCUGUUUUGUCAGUUCGAGGAAUGUGGCAAAACUACCGAGUGUGUGCGUUCAUUCAACAUUAAUAAAUCAAAAAAUUCACUCUAGUGUUGCAGCUCCAGAUGUAAGUUACUGUGGUGCAACACCUUAUCAUCGUUCCCAACCACCCAGAAAAUCGGGGGAUGUUUCACAAGUUCCCGUCAGUACACUAUCUUCUUUUGUCAAGGAAACCAAUCAUUUAGAAGAAUCCUGUCUUGAUAUAGCUAAUCUAAAAAACGCACCUGAUAAGUCGAUCCAGCAGCAUGAGCUAUCUCCACCUAAAAAUUUAUUCCAUUGUGAUUACUGUACUUUUACGUCUUCGAAUUCCGAUCGUCUUUUUCGACAUAUAAAUUCACGGCAUUUAUCAUCGCUUGAGCGUGAUAAGGUAAAACCUUCAUGCCUUCAAGUUCAUCCGACAUCUUUAUCUGAUAUUUCGAAUCAAAUUAUUAUCACAUCUGAUUAUUCUUCGUCAUCGUCAUCUUCGUUUUCGAUUACUAAUUCCAAUUCAUCGUUACCGGUUACUGAUUCUACUUCUUCAAACGUAUUUGAAACAACAGUAUCUAAUACUCCUUCGACUUUUACAACUCAAGAUAAUAAUAACUAUAGGUCUUGUAAUCUACUUCCAUCCGAAUCGUUUCCAAAUAUACCGGUUACAGUUUGCGUUGAGUUAUCAGUGAAUAAUAAAGGAAGCACACUUCUAAAUGAAUCUUCGGGUUCAUCCUAUGCGUCUGGUAGUACAUUAGAUGAUACCAGUGAUGAAAAAGACUCAGUAUUUUUAGGAUUUACUCAUAUGGGAUCAUCACGGAAAAGGCUACAUUCUCCGGAGGGUUCAGAAACAAGUUUAUUCGAUUCAUCGAGUCAACAAAAAAAUAGACAUCGAAAGAAUCGUAUUACAAGUAAUCGCCAUAAUGUCGCGGCAUUAGUUGAUCGUGGAAAGUCAAUCAAUUUUUCAUCCUACAUGACAAUUUCAAAGCAAGAAACCAAAGGAUAUUUUACUAGUAAAGAGUCUACUCUUCUACCAGUAAACUCCUCUUUCCCACUACGUGAUAUAUCAGUUACAUUGGAACGUUUAAAUGAUAUUCCGGAAUACAGCCAUACUGAUUCAGAUUCAUCUAUUAUAAAUAUAAGUUCCACCUCAUCCGAAUAUUCUUACCAAGAUACCCAACGUUUGACACCAGAUGAAAUUGAAAACCCUGAAUUAGAAAAACAAAGAAUGAAAGAUGGGUUUUCUCUUUCUUAUGAUAAUUUCAAAAGUAGCGAACAAGGUACUCUGUCACAUAAACAUAACGAACUAAAUGAAGACUCUGAGCAAAUUAAGAAACAUCCAUACUUAAAUGAGCUUCCAGUCGCCGUAGAUUCUAAUCAAAGUGAAAUGCUUAAAAUGUCAAAUAAUCGUCGCAGACCAUCUGGUGCGAAAAAAUACUCUAAACAGCUUGAAAUUCCUGACCAGUUUUUAACUUUGCAGUCUCGAAGUGAAAUGGAAGCUGAUGAACUUCAAGUGGAUAUUUUGACAGGAGAAAUAUUUGUCAAGAACAUACCUUUGCGGUCCCUAGUUACAGGUUUGAAGCGUCCACGAUUUUACCAGUUAGAACUGGAUUAUAAAAAAUAUUUACCUCGAGGUGGUCGUAGUCAACCUUUUAGAAAUUCCAAAGGUCAGCAUCCUUUUUCAAAUAAUUCAAAAAAUGUACACAAAGUUAACAGAGUAAUUACAACAGCUAACAAACGAUCAAACAAGGAAAAAAAGUAA